AUGCACCUAAGAAAGCAUCGCUUCUUCGACUUUGAUCCAUCCAAUAUACAAAUUAUCAGGGAGCUUGGGCGCUCUGAUGCCUCUUCAAUAUUUGAGGUAGAGCUUAAUGGGGAGAAGUACGCGAUGAAACUCUUUCACGACAACGGCGACCCUGGAUAUACGAAAAAGGGCCGAGAUCUGAAUCGGUUUCGCUGUGAGUUGAAUGCGUACAAUAACCUUGAAAAAUUCGGUGUCUGUGAGCUCGGUUUCGUUCCAUACUUCUAUGGCCACAUCGACCGAGUCGACCCAGUCGCGUUUCAGCCAGCUCUCCGCCAUUUCGCACACGACAAGUUCAAACCCAGGGCUAUAAUACUCGAGUAUCUUCCAAAUGCAGAGAAACUGGAUUGCGAGAACUAUUCGGAUGCCCGCUACCGCAAUGCAAUACAUGGUAUGAAACAAAUACACAAGGCUCUCGUUCACCACCAAGAUAUAUACCCCAAAAAUGUGCUUGUGGUCCCGGGACAGCCAGAGAGAGUGGUUUGGGUCGAUUUUGAUGUUGCAACAACCUUUUCCAGCAUGGGAAACCGUGAGCAGGCCUACUGUGAAUAUGAGGAUGAGCUUGUAUCGAGUUUUGGAGAAGCUCUGGUUCGUUCGCUUAAUUUUAUCUUGGCCAGCGGGUACUGA